AUGUUCAUCGCUAUCAUCGGGACCCGCCUUGCAGGGAAGUCAUCGGUCGAGAAGUACCUGAUCGAGCAGAAGGGCUUCAUUGCCGUGAAGUUGCUCGAGCAUGCUCCGGAAGAACGGGCUUCUCCACUGUGGUUCCGCUCCCCCGCGGAACUGCUCGCGCACGUCACCAGAAACUGGCGCGUGGACUUCGUUACGACAGACCUCGACACACCCGAUGUGCUAGCAGAUUUUAUGACACGGCCUUUCGUUCUGGUCGUAAGUGUGGACGCGCCGCUCCUCAUGCGUUAUCGGCGCAGCCUCGACUGGUCAACACGCUCGCCGUUCGGCAGCCUCAGCAACUUGGCGGGUGUCCAGGUGAUGAAUUCAUUUGAGACGAUAUCCGGCCUCCACGAACACCUCGCAGAACUCAACCUCCUGGACCCUGAGCGUUUGCGGCCUGAUUGGGAUACGUAUUUUAUGCAAUUGGCCUCACUGUCAUCGAGGAGGUCAAAUUGCAUGAAGCGGCGCGUCGGCGCUGUGCUCGUCCGCAACAAGCGCGUACUGGCCACUGGGUACAACGGCACACCAAGGGGGCUGACAAACUGCAACGAGGGCGGCUGUGUCCGAUGUAAUACUGCAAGCGAGACUCCGGAUGAAUGCUUGUGCCUCCAUGCGGAAGAGAACGCCCUACUUGAAGCGGGAAGAGAGAGAGUCGGCGAUUGGGCGGUGCUUUACUGCAAUACCUGCCCUUGCCUGAAGUGCACAAUCAAGAUCAUUCAAACAGGGGUCAAGGAGGUCGUCUAUAACCUCAGCUACAAAGUAGAUGAUGCCUCAGCCGCUCUGUUUGCGGAAGCAGGGGUCACCCUCCGAAGACAUGCGAACCCGGAGUAG